AAUGCCUCUGAUCCUGAUGAUCGAAGACAAGGGAAGUGAAGCACCCAAACAAGCUCUUGCAGUAGGGAAAAGCAAGGAGUCCGUGCAAAGCAGAAGCAGCUCAUCUCCCUCCUCGUCUAAUCCUUUUUCCUCCCGUUACGCGACAAAAUUAGCGAACAGAUUCGUAUGCGAGAGCGGCGCAGCGCACGCGAUUAGCGCCCCGGAUCAUGAUCUGAUCCACGCAGCGGCGGCGGCGGCAGCGCCCAUCCAUUGCUCAGUCCGCUCCGCCCUCGUCCUCACCGAUCCGUCACCUGCCGAUCGAUCAGGAGGCGGCGGCAGCGAUGUCGUCCCAGGGCGGCGGCGCCGACGGGUGGGGCGGCGAGGACGGCAACUCGCUCUUCGAGGGUAUGGUCCUCUUCGCGCCUGAAUCCCACGCCGCCGAGGAGCAGGCCCCAGACCCCGGGCCGCCCGCCGCUCGGCCCGACGCAGAUGCGGCCUCCUCCCUGACGCCGCCCGCGCCGCCGCCGCUCGACGAGGACCUCUUCUCCGAUCUCACCCUCCUCGCUCCCCAGGAGCCGCCUUCGCUGGAGCAGCACCCGCAAGGCGAGGAUCGGGGCCACGCGCUGCCGCCGGCUCCGACGCUGACUCCCCCCGCGGCCGCCCUCUCCCGGCAGCCGUCCUCCUCGUCGCUCCGCAAGAAGAAGAGGGCCGUGCGUAUCGGGUACGGCCGCUCGCCUCAACCCGCCCCGCCCUCCCCUCCUACUGCUGCAAUCCCUGCUACUACUGCUGUCGUGGCUGCUACGAUCUCUGCGAGUACUAGUAUCCUCACCGAUGCUUCGCCGAAUCCUGCCGCUCCUCAUACCCCCGACCAGUACCCUGAGGAGCAAGUCGAUGUCUAUGGCGACGGCUAUGAGCAAGACGCAGUGGUGGUGUUGGAUCCGGUUGACAAUUCUCUGCGUGUAGAGGAGGCGAAGGAGGAAGAUGAUGAGAAAGAGAACGGUGGGGGUGGAGUUGCAGAGGUGGGGAUCGACGAGAGUCUGGCUCUCCUCAGAUCCCAAAUCUCCGGCAAGCUUGAGUCCAUCCAGCAGAGGGCUGCUGCUGUCACGGCCAGGAGGAGGCAGCUGGCGGGUCGGCUGAGGAAGGUGGCGGCGGAGGUGGGCUCUGCGGUGUCCAGGCACAAGGAUUUGGAGAGGGAGCUGGAGGAGGCCUGUGAGGCCGAGGACUUUGAGAAGGCCGAGAGGAUCAGCAAUUCCCUUGUGGCGUUGGAGAAGGAGAAGGAUCUGUUGUUGACGGCGCUGCGUGAUGCGGAGCGUGACUAUGAUUUGGUGGACUCGGAGUUGCAGGAUGUGCUUGAGUCGCGCAUCGCAGCGGAGGAGGAAGCUGCUGCCCUUCUGGAGCAAUUUGCAAAGGAUGCCACUGACCAUGCUGAUUCAGAAAGCAAGCAAGCACAAGAAAUGUCCUUGAAAGAAAUAGAAGGGUGGCAAACAUCAAUGGAGUUACUAGAAACAAAGAAGUUAGAGAUGCAGGUUGAAACACAAUUGGUUUUGGCAGCGCGUUCAGGGUUGGAAGGCUCAAUAGAACAUUUGGUUGAAGAUGACAAAAAAGAAAAAGAUACGCUGAGUAAGAGAGGAGAAAUCCUCGCUGAGGAGUUAGCUGGCCUUCUAGAGUUGGUGAGGUUGAAGGAAUCAGAGAUAGCUGAAAACAAUGCUCAGAUCCAUGAGGUUCAAGAAAGGAUCAGUGCCGUGGUCUCCAAAUUUCAUGGCUCUCAGUCAGAUAUUGACUUGAAGCUCAAUUCCCUGCAGGAAGCCCAAACUAAAGUGGAUUUAGAGACUGAAGCACUUGUCUUAAAAAAGAAUGAAAUCGAUAAAUUCAUCACUUUAACAGAACAGAAAAACUCAGAGUUGAGGGAAAUUAUUGGUUCUUGUUCAUCUGAAGCAAAAACUUGCCAGCAAUCAGUUGAAAUAAGAAGAAAACUGGCAUCAUCAAUUUUGAAGUCAAGAGAGGAUAGAAUUGCGUUGCUAAAAAUGGAGGAGGAAAUUUUGCAAGACAUUCAAAUGCUCAGGCAAGAAAUUACUGAUGCAAGAACUAGUCUUCAGGAGAUAUCUUCAAGGAGAUCAGGCAUACAGCAAGAGAUGGCUUCAAUUAAGCAGAAGUUGAGCUUCAUUGACAAAAGGGGCCCUGAACUAGAGGCUGAAAAGAAAGUUGCUGCUGCUGCGAGAAACUUCAAGGAAGCAGGAAGGAUAGCUGCGGAAGCAAAAGCUCUUAAUUCCGAAAAGGAAGAACUGCACGCUAAGUUGGAGAAAGCUGCUAUUGAUCUAGAGAUAAUAGAGAAGGAUAUCGUAGCAACUACCAACAAGAUACAGGAAUGUGAAGGGCUUAUUGUACUCAAAGAAAAAGAGUCAGCCAUGACAAGUUACAAAAGACUUCGUUUGGAUUGUGCUGCUGCUAGAGCAGAAUUGAUUGCUGCAACUGAAACGGAUGAUAAUGAAGAAGUUGAGAUACUACAUAGAGAAGCUGAAGCUGCAGAGUCUAAAGCAAUGGAACUAAAAACGUGCUAUGAUCUCCAACUGGAGGUCGAUGAGUUCAUGUUUCAGCCCGUAGUCCCUAUAGCAUUCAUAACAAAUUCAACAGGGCAGCACUUGGCGGAAAUUGCUUCUUCAUUUGGCCUAUCUCCCCAGAAAUGAAUUGGACAGUGGACUUGCAUACAACCAGGGCUGUCCGAUACGGUAUCCAAACUUUCUGCCAGCACCUGUGCAUAUUGGAGGGAGCACCUGUGCUGUAGUGAACUCUCCCUCUUUCAGGAUGUCUUGCUCAAUGCCCCUCUUUAACUCCCAGCAUUUGGAAUCUACUCUGAACAGGAGUAGGGGUCCUAGGCGAGAUCAAGUGUACAUCCGUUUUGCAUACUCUUUGGGGAUUUUGUAC